UGUCUUCCCCCUCAACUUCACUACACUUGACUGUAAUGUUCAUGUAAUCUGCACACACCAAAACUCAAUUAUGCAAAUCCUCCAUACUUCUAAUUUCCUCCCCCUCUUUCCUCUCUCUAAAACCUCCAUUAACCCCACCUUUUCCAAGCUUCAAAACCUCCAUUUCCAACCCUUUUCCUCUAUGCCUUUCUCUUCCCCUCUUUCAACCCCUCCAAAAUGUUACGCCUCCGAUGAAUUUCCAGUUGACGAGACUUUCCUUGAGCAAUUUGGACCUAAAGAUGCAGAAUCCGAGGAAGAAGCCCGAAAACGGAACUGGGUUGAACGGGGUUGGGCACCAUGGGAAGAAAUCCUUUCCCCAGAAGCUGAUUUUGCUAGAAAAUCCCUUAAUGAAGGGGAAGAAGUUGCCCUGAAAAACCCAGAAUCAAUUGAGGCAUUUAAGAUGCUAAAACCCAGUUAUAGGAAGAAGAAAAUGGAGGAAAUGGGGUUAACUGAGGAUGAGUAUUAUGCUAAGCAAUUUGAUAUUAAAGGUGAAAUAUUGGAACCUUUACAGACUUCUUGGGAUGGUCCUUUGGUUGUCCGCCAUGUCCCGCCUCGAGAUUGGCCGCCUCGAGGCUGGAAGGUUGAUAGAAAGGAGUUAGAGUUUAUUAGGGAAAGCCAUAAGAUGAUGGCUGAGAGGGUUGAUGUGAAGGAGCUGGAUAAUGUGUGUAAAGAGAAAGAAGGGAUGUGUUUGGAUAGGUAUAAAGUGUUUCUUAAGCAGUAUCAAGAGUGGGUUGAGCUCAAUAAGGAUAGAUUGGAGGAUGAAUCUUAUAAGUAUGAUCAAGAUUAUUAUCCGGGAAGGAGGAAACGAGGCAAAGAUUACAAGGAGGGAAUGUAUGAACUACCAUUCUAUUAUCCUGGACAAAUAUGUGUUGGCAAGGUGACAACUUUGCACCUAUAUCAAGGAGCAUUUGUGGAUAUUGGUGGAGUGCAUGAUGGGUGGGUUCCUAUUAAAGGCAAUGAUUGGUACUGGAUCCGGCAACACAUUAAAGUUGGAAUGCAUGUUAUAGUCGAGAUUGUGGCUAAGAGAAAUCCUUAUCGGUUUAGAUUUCCUCUUGAAUUACGUUUUGUUGACCCAAACAUUGAUCAUCUAAUAUUCAAUAGAUUUGACUACCCACCUAUAUUUCACCGUGAUGAUGAUACUAAUCUUGAUGAAUUGCGUCGUGAUUGCAGAAGACCUCCUCUUCCCAGGAAGGAUCCUGGAGUCAAAGUAGAACAAGAACCUCUGUUAUCUAAUCACCCUUAUGUUGACAAGCUGUGGCAGAUUCAUGUUGCCGAGCAAAUGAUAUUGGAUGAUAUCGAAGCUAACCCUGAAAAAUAUAAAGGGAAGAAACUUUCAGAGCUGACUGAUGAAGAAGAGUUUGAUGAGCGCAAUAGCGUGGAACACACCAAAGUUUAUUAUAAAAAAUCAUUGUUGCCGAAAAUGAUAAUUAAACAAAGUGUGAAGGAACUCGAUCUAGAAUCAGCUUUUGCUGAGCGCCAGAUCCACAAUAGACUUCGAAAGGAAGCAGAAGAACGAGGGGAGGACUACAAAAUUUCCAAACUUAAACGAAACAUAGAGAUGGAUGAAUAUGAUUUCAUCCACUGGCGUCGAUCAUACGAGGAACGAGAAGCUCUAUUGCGAGACAUAAGCUGUCGCCAAGCUCUUGGACUACCACUCCAAGAACCUGGGAGAUAUGUGGAUCCGAACAUUCUAGGAAAGGAUCAAUACGACCCUUCAAACCCCCUUUAUCGGUAUGAUUACUGGGGAGAGCCAAAGAACUCAGAAAAGAGUAAGCAAGAACGAAUGACCGAUGCCCACAACAAAUCUAUCGUGGGAAAAGGGAAUGUUUGGUACGAAAUGUCUUACGAAGACGCAAUCGAGCAAAUGAAGCAUAGAGAAGCCAAUCCAAAACACACUACAGAAAGGGAGAUGGAUGAAAAAGCAAAAUCAAAUGAAGACGAUGAUGAUGAUAGCGAUGAUGACUUUGACUACAGCAUUCUGAGCGAUUCAAGUAUCGAGUUUGCUAGCCAACCUCAUGUAAAUGGGACAGAAUCGUCAAGCCUAUCGGAUGAAGGUAUGUUUGAAGAAUAGCGUACAACGAAUCGAAACAAAUAUACUUAUGCUGUUUGUACAGUAAAGUCGUAUUUUAGGUACGUAGAUACAGGUAGUUGAUCAUCUUCCCAAACCGAAACGUAUGAUAAGCUAAGGAUAUUAACUAUCAAGCACUUCCCGAAGGCCGAAGGUGAUGAUUUUGUAAUGAUUAAAUCGACAAUGGGUUUAGAUUAUCUCGAGCCAAGUUUUGUUAAGAGUGAAUCCUCUUCUGGCAAAAUGAGUUAAAGCUUGAAUCAAUGCUCAAUUUAGGACAUGGAUUUUAAAUCUACUCAUGUAUUUACAUGAUCCGGAAUAAUUCUAGGUUAUGAAAGUAAUAAAGGGAUACUUUUUUUGUCG